AUGGAUAUUGGGUCUUUCCGGAUCGAUCCUUGGUUUUUGAUUGGUGAUUUUAAUGAACUGGUUGGGAAUCACGAGAAAAAAGGUGGGGCUUUACGGCCUGCUUCCUCUUUUGUGCCUUUUCAAACAAUGAUUCGGCACUGUGGUAUGCUUGAAUUCCCGUGUUAUGGAGAGCAGUUAUCUUGGAGAGGUAAUCGUUGUAAUAAUCAGGUGGUUCGGUGCCGCUUAGAUCGUGCUUUAGGAAAUGAAGAUUGGCAUUGUUUUUUCCCAAAUUCGAGGGUCGAUUAUUUGGAGAUGGUUGGGUCUGAUCAUUGUCCUAUUUUGGCUACUUGUCUGAAAACAGCCCCUCGCCAGUUUAGGCAGUUUCGGUUUGAUAAACGCUGGUUGGGGAAGGAUGGACUUCUAGGGGCGGUAGAGUCCGGUUGGGCGCGCACAAAUAACUUUCGGGUCCCGGCUUUUGUGGAUAAAAUUAGGAAUUGUCGAAACUCGAUUUCGUGGUGGCGAAAAAAUAAUGUGGCUUCUGGUCCGUCCCUUAUCUCUUCACUUAAGGCUGCCCUGCAGGAGGCAAAGAUGGAUGAUUUGAUUUCUCAGGAUGAGAUUCGGGACAUUGAGAGAAAACUAAAAGAGGCUUAUCGGGAUGAGGAGUUGUACUGGCAACAGAAGAGUAGGAAAUUUUGGUUACGGGUGGGGGAUAAGAAUACAAAAUAUUUUCAUGCUUCGACUAAGCAGAGGAGGGUUCGGAAUAAGAUUGUUGGGUUAUUUGGUCCGGAUAAUGUCUGGGAUGAGUCACCUUUGGGAAUAGAGACUAUAGCCUCCAGAUAUUUUGAGGAUUUGUUUAAAAGAUCUGAUGUAAGUGGUAUUUCAGAUAUACUUCAAGAGAUCUCACCUAUCACUACAGAUGCUAUGAACCGAAGUCUAACAAGGGAAGUUACGGAGGCGGAGGUUCGGAAAGCUUUAUUUGCUAUGCAUCCGGAGAAAUCUCCAGGCCCUGAUGGUAUGACGGCUUUAUUUUUUCAACGAUUCUGGCCUUCUUUAAAAGGAGAUUUGGUGGCCUUGGUUAAAAACUUUUUCAGGACGGGUGGUUUUGACCCUCGCCUCAAUGAGACAAAUAUUUGUCUCAUUCCUAAGGUGGAUCAACCACAACGUAUGACGGAAUUUCGGCCUAUCAGCCUUUGUAAUGUGAGCUAUAAGAUUAUUUCGAAAGUUUUAUAUUUUCGGCUGAAGCGGUUUUUACCGUUGUUGGUCUCAGAGACACAAUCGGCCUUUGUGUCGGGCCGGUUGAUUACUGAUAAUAUCCUAGUGGCCCAGGAAAUGUUUCACGGGUUAAAUACUAAUCCACGCUGUAAGUCGGAGUUUUUGGCUUUUAAAACGGAUAUGAGUAAAGCGUAUGACCGGGUUGAAUGGGAUUUUUUGGAAGCGGUGAUGAUUAAAUUAGGUUUUGAUAGGCGGUGGAUUUCAUGGAUUAUGUGGUGUGUUUCUUUGGUGUCGUAUCAAGUUCUCCUAAAUGGGCAACCUCAGGGAUCCAUUUUACCAAAGAGGGGUUUACGUCAGGGUGAUCCUCUUUCUCCCUAUUUGUUUAUUCUUUGUACAGAGGUCUUGAUUGCGAAUAUUAAAAAGGCGGAACGGGAGAAGAGACUUACAGGAAUUUCAAUUGCUCGGGAUUGUCCCUCGAUCUCACAUCUUUUGUUUGCGGAUGAUAGUCUGUUCUUUUGUAAGGCAGAGGAGUCUGAAUGUAAAGUGGUAAUGGAUAUUAUAGGUAACUAUGGGAAAGCUUCGGGUCAAGAGGUAAACUUAGAGAAAUCGUCCAUUAUGUUCGGUAAGAAAGUGCCGGCUGAUGUAAGGUCUCGGAUUAAAAUAGUUAUUGGUAUCUCCAGAGAGGGUGGAAUGGGUUCUUAUUUGGGUAUUCCUGAGAAUCUACAGGGUUCGAAGACUGAAGUUUUCAGAUAUGUUAAUGAUCGCUUAGAUGAUCGAGUUAAUGGCUGGUCGGCGAAGAUUCUAUCAAAAGGAGGUAAAGAGAUUAUGAUAAAAUCAGUUGCGUUAGCUCUUCCGACACAUGUCAUGUCAUGUUAUAAAUUGACACAGGAGUUAACGUCCAGUCUUACGAGUGCUAUUUCAAAAUUCUGGUGGAAGUCUAAUGAUAAGGCCAGAGGUAUGCAUUGGGUAGCUUGGGAUAAAUUGUGUAAGGAUAAAUGCGAUGGGGGCUUGGGUUUCCGUGCUCUGGAAGAAUUUAAUGAUGCAAUGCUGGCUAAGCAGUAUUGGAGGCUGAUCCAUUAUCUGAAUUCGUUGAUGGCUCGGGUGAUGCGUGGUCGAUAUUUCAGGAGAAAACAUCCUCUAUUGGCGACUAAACCUUACUCUCCAUCCUUUGCAUGGAGGAGCAUUUUCUCGACAAAGGGAUUAGUGGAAAGAGGGGCAAGGUGGCUCGUAGGGUCGGGGAGUAACAUUUCGGUUUGGCGAGAUCCGUGGAUCCCGGAUCAUCAGCCAAGACCGGCGAAUGGCAGGGGGAGAGUACUUCAUCCUAACCUGAUGGUAAACCACCUAAUUAAUCCCCUAACUUUGGAUUGGCACUUGCCUAUUUUCGAGGAGUUUUUGGAUCCAGCAGACAUUCAGCUUGUACGGAGUCUGACGGUCAGUAAGUCUUUGACUUCGGACAGAGUGAUUUGGCAUUACACUAAGUCCGGUAAGUAUUCAGUAAAAUCUGGUUAUAGACUAGCACGGGAGUUACAUAAGGAAGUCGUGUACGGGCCGACAUGCACAGCUUUACGGGCACAAGCAUGGAAACUUGAUGUCCCCUCAAAGGUCCAACAUUUUUUCUGGCAGGUGGCGUCUGGGACACUUCCUGUGAAGGAACGGCUCGCGCACCGGGGUGUCCGAUGCGAUGAUAUGUGUCUGCGGUGCGGUUCAGAGGUGGAGACUAUCAAUCACGCUCUUUUUAAGUGUGUUUCGUUCGUGUUUAAUUUGGGAGUUAUCUUCGGUCCAGUUGUCGCUGACUGGCUUUCCUUUUGGAUCUGCAUUGGUUAUAGGUUGCCUUGGAUAUUAUGGACAAUUUGGAAAGAUAGGAACAACAAGGUGUUUCAAGGAAUUGAAGCAGAGCCUAUGGAUAUUAUAAAUCAGGCGUUAAACGAUAAACUUUUUUGGGAGGAGGCCAAGUCUUUCUCUGCGGAUUAUUUGGUCCCCCAGCCUCCUCUGGAGGUAAGGAAUUCUUCGAAUUGUUGCCAGGUUGAUGGCUCCUGGAAAGGUUCGGAUCCUUUGGAAGUUUGCGACGUAGUCUUGAUAUGGGCUAUGGAGUCUCUUCGUGCGGCAGGGAUAGAUUGUCCCAAUUUUGAGUCUGAUAGCUCAGAGUUGGUGGCGAUGGUGCAGGCUCCCGACGACUGGCCAGCCUUCUCGCAUUUGUUGGAAGAAUUCCAUUCGCUAAGUUCAUCCUUCUCCUCCUUCACUUUGACCCAGAUUCCGAGGACUUCUAAUAAAAUGGCGAUUUCCAAAUCUUCCUUUGUUCCUCUCAUGUUUGCGAUGUUUUACCUAUCUGUUACCAUCGUCUCUGCUCAAUCAGUUGAGUCUCCUGCACCUAGUCCUACUUCUGGAUCCGGUGUGAUUUUGCCUUCGUUCGUUGUAGCUGUCGCGGCUCUUAUUUUUGGCUCUGCACUUAGCAUCUAA